UAUGAGCAGGGUCCCUGACGCAGGACUCAAUCCUGGAACUCCAGGAUCAUAACCUGAACUGAAGGCAGUUGCUUACCCAGGUAAGCCGCCCAUGCACCCGAGAUCCUUUUACUUUAUUUGGUAUUUAUAGCCCGCUCUCUAGGGGCUUACUUUAAUGGUUUUUACGUUUGUGUGUGUUAAAUACAGAGGUGUUUGUUUUAUUUUGUUUUUUUCUGUGUAAAGUUGCUCUGGAGGGAUCUUACUCAACUAUUACCAGAAGCGGAUGUGUCACAACUUUAUUUUCCAAUUAGACUUUUUCUUUUGAAAAAAGUUAAACCUGUAGGAAAGUUGCAAGAAUAUUACAACAAACUCCCCUAUGUCCUUUCCUGGAUUCACCAAUAUAAUAUCUAUUAUUCCUUUUUUUCUCAACCAUUUGAAAGUAAGUUCCAGAUAUCAUGCCACUUUGCUCAUAAAUUCUUCAGUGUGUUUUUCCUAAGAACUGGGACAUUCUCUUAUACAGCUAUAAUUCAAUCCUUAAAUUCAGGAAAUUUAAUAUUAGUACAUACAAUUCAGUUCCUAUCUAAUUUUUAUUUUCCCAGUAUUGUCCAUUAUACUUUACAGAGUUUUGUUUUGUUUUGUUUUGUUUCCCAAGGUGAAUGAAUCUAGGAUCCAGGACCAUGCGUUGUGUUUAGUUGUUACGUCUUUGGUCUCAUCUAGAACAGUUUCUCAGCCUUUGUUGAACUUUUAAGAAAUUGACAAUUCUGAGGACUAUGGACCACGUAUUUGUUCUGUAAAAUGAUCAGCUUUGGCUGCUGCAUCACUGUCAGGAAGACUCAGCACAUCAUGUUAGGAGACAGGAGCACCUUGCAGCUAGUUCUUCUGGUCCACCAUCAGGAUUCCAUAGUUCUUUGGAAUCUUUCUAACUUUCUGGAACAUUCGGAUGUUCCGGGGCCAUCCUGCACAGUCCCCGCCCAGCUCAAGAAUGGAAGCAGCCAUUUCUUCCAGGACUACUGUUUCCUUAGAGUGAUUUGUCAGCUGUGCUCCAGGCAGCUCGAUCUGUCGAAGUCUGGGGGAGAGACGAUCAUUAGAGUUGAAAACAAGCUUCUCACCAGCUGGCAGCAGGGAUGGAAGGCAACCACUGAGAGCCCUGAGCUUCCUGAUCUAGUCAAGCCAAGAAGUUUCCAGAACUUACGGGAGAGCUCUCGCCCGGUCACCUACCUCUUGAACAUUUUCAUCACCCCAAGAGGAAACUCCACACCCAUUAAGCAGUCACUCCCCAGGCCCUCUCUUCCCCAGCCCUGGCAACGAGGAGUCUACUUUGGGUCUCCAGGAUUUUUCUAUUCUGAACGUAUCAUACGAAUGAAUCAUACACUAUGUGAUCUUCUGUGUCUGGCUUCAUUCACUUACCGCAGCGUUUUACCAGUGUUUUCUAGGUCGAUCCCUUUUGUAGCCUGUGUCAACACUUCAUUUUCCAGGCUGAAUAAUAUUCCAGUUAUUGACUGGGUCCCUACCCUGUGCCAGGAACAGCUCCUAAACGUUCAGGAGGGGUGGCAGUACCUCCUGGCUACAAGCGAUGAUCAGUGGUACCUGGUGGCCCUACAUCCUGGAACUCUUGGAUUCAGGGCAAAAUUGCUCACUUCUUACCGGCGCUCCUCUUGGAAAACGAUGUCCCCCAGCUACCGGGCCAACCCGGAAGAGUUAAAAGUGUUCGAUCUUGGUUAA